UUCUUUUUCGCCAGAAUGAAAGUUUGUAGAUGCUUGACAAGAGGUACUGAUAGCGUUGAUUAAAUGCUACACCAGCAGAACGUUUAAAUUGUUAAUUAGAUUUUUGUUGUUUUAUUGUUGCCAUCGGAAGCGUUAUUAUGACGUAAAAUACGACGCGUUAUGUGCGAUUGAUUUGUACGUAAACUCGUAAAUUAGUACAGUAGACAUUUUAUUAGAAUCUCUUACCAGUUCAGUUAUGGUACUUCAAUAUGAAUCUCCCGUUCGAGUUUACAAAUACCCUUUCGAAUUGGUUAUGGCUGCUUACGAAAGGAGAUUUCCUACAUGUGUUUUGAUACCGGUGUUCAUCGGUUCGGAAAUCCUAUCCGAAUGGCAGAGUCCAGAUGGGAGCCAGAAGAUAACCGAACGAAGAUGUCAGAUUCACGUAGAUGCUCCUUACUUGUUGAAAAAGCUCGUUGGCGUAGAUUAUGUAUUUUUUCAUCAAAAGAAUGAUCUCAACUUGAAGAACCGUACUUUAGAUAUAGAAGUGAAAAAUGAAAGCUUUACCAAUCGUAUAACGUUAAUGGAGAAGUGUCGUUAUUACGUACACGCAGAAAAUAGCGAAUGGACUUGUUACGAGCAAGCAGCCUCGUUAGAAAUACAUUCUUUCUUCGGAUUCGAGAGCACUAUCGAGAAACUAGCCAUGAAACAAUAUUCUCAAAACGUCGCCACCGGUAAAGAAGUAAUCGAGCAUUUUAUUAAAGAAUUGAAAAACGAAGGUGUUACUUUUAUCGCACCAUGGAAACCUUCGGAAAAACAAGAAGAAGAAGUUGACGAAAAAGCUAAAGUUGCAAACGGAGGUAGUAUAACGUUAAUGAAUGAAGUUACGAGCGAUCUGUCUGCCAAAUUGAACGACAGCUGUAGAUUAAAAAGACAAGGCAGUAUUUCACCGACUGGUACUUGCGAUAAUCAAUUAACAUUAGAAGCAGAUUACAUUAAACGAUACUUAGGAGAUCUGACACCUUUACAAGAAUCAAAAUUAGUCCAAUUGAAGAAAUCGUUCGUACAUUCUCAUAAAGGAAAGUUACCAAGUGAUUCUACUUUAUUGCGGUUCCUGCGAGCUCGUGAUUUUAAUUUAGAAAAAGCCAGAGAUCUGUUGUCUCAUUCUUUAAUAUGGCGCAAGAAGCAUAACGUCGAUCAAAUUCUAUCCGAUUACCAAAUGCCUCAAGUUAUUAGCGAAUAUUUCCCCGGAGGAUGGCAUCAUUAUGACAAGGAUUCUCGACCGUUGUAUAUUCUGCGACUUGGCCAAACUGACGUCAAAGGUUUAUUGAAAUCUGUUGGAGAAAAUGGCUUGCUAAAAUUGGCGAUGCAUGUUUGCGAAGAAGGUCUGAAGCUGACCGAAGAAGCAACCAGGGUUUCUGGAUUACCGGUGACUACGUGGAGUCUGUUGAUCGAUUUGGAAGGGUUAAAUAUGAGGCAUUAUUGGAGACCAGGAAUUAGAGCUUUGCUGCAUAUAAUUGAAAUAGUCGAAGCGAAUUAUCCUGAAACUCUUGGACACGUGUUGAUUGUCAGAGCUCCGAGAGUGUUUCCCAUAUUGUGGACUAUUAUUAGUACUUUUAUAGAUGAACGAACUCGUACGAAGUUUUUGCUGUAUGGCGGUAAUGAUUACCAAGAAGAAGGUGGACUAGCCGAUUACAUCGACCCAUCUAUUGUACCAGAUUUUCUAGGAGGACCUUGCGAAACGAAAAUACGCGAAGGAGGCCAUAUUCCAAAAUCUCUAUAUUUACCAGAAUCUGAACUCGAAAAAGAAGGAGUAAUAAUGGGUGAAAAUAGCAUCUAUAGUUCGUUCAGCUUGCAUCGUGGACAAGUUUUCGAAGUUGUCAUCAGAAUUAAAGAUGUUGGUACGGUAAUUACUUGGGAUUUCGAUGUCAUGAGACAGGAUGUCGUGUUCACCAUUUACAGAAUAAGUAAAGAAAUUGAUCUGAAAGAUGGGCCAGCUUCGUCUCCAGGCUCUGAGCAAAAAAGCAUAAUCGAUAGAAGUUGGAAAGAAGGCGAAGAUUACGAAAAAGUUGAAAACAGCUUCGUCUGUCACGACGGAGAAAGCGUUCAAGGAUCGCAUGUAACCCAGUUCGUAGCCGUUUACAUAUUACAAUGGAAAUACGCUCAAAUUGUUAGUCAGCUGUCUCACGAAGGUAGCGGAGACUGCCCUAGAUCCAGUUCAUCUCAUAAAGCUCAGAUCAUGUACUUUUACGAAUUACUUCACUCAGCCGAUUACAGAGGGUCAAUGACCAGUUUACAGUCCGCUCAAAGCGGAUUUUCCGCAUUGAGUACGCGAUCAGCUGUCAGCCAUGCGCCUUCCAGAUGAUGUAAGGACGGCGACGAAUUAAACUCCGUCGCCGAAUGCGAAUAGAAUAAUUAUUCAUGUACCUAGUGCAAAAAAAAAAAAAAACGUUGUAUGUUCUCAUAGUGUGUAUGAUAGGAUAAUGUUUUCUAGACGAAGACGUGUCUCAAGCAAACGGAUAAAAAUUCUCGCGGGCCGAGUGAUUUUUGUUUUCUCAUUUUUAAUUUCUUUUCUUCUUUUAUAGUGCAAUAUAAUAGUAAAUUUAUGGGGCGGAUUGCAUUGGUUUUUUUUUUGUUUCUCCGUGGCCGACUAAUUUUUGUAUUUACGUGUAAAUUUUUUUUUAUUUAUCUAGAUAAUUGUACUGUAUGUAAUUUUAUAAUACUCGUAUUGUAGUUAAUUUUUAUCGAUUCGAGUGACAAGGGCACACAUAUUCGAGUGCUUAUACAAUAUUUUUCUCGUUUUUAAAUCAAAUUCAACGUACGUACGGAUAAUUUCAUUUUUAAAUCUCAUUUUUAUCGUUUUCUCGUAUUCGAAUUUCGAUACUCGACGCGAUGCGAUGCGCUUUCCAAACUUUACGAAUGUUUCGAUGAAAACCUCGCUGUAUUUGUAAAAUUUCGGAUUUUUGUCUUAAAUUUACCUUUUUCGUCCUAUAUAUUUGUGUGUAUCCGAACGUGUAAGUACCUGCGUUUUGUCUCUUUAUGAUUUUUUUUUUUUUUUUAAUACGCUGUAUAUUUUGUUAUAAGACGUUCGAAUCAAAAUAAAUAGAAUGCCCGGUACCUACCUACUCAACUUCAUCAGAGGUGAAAUGAUUUCUUACUUUGUGAAAUUUGCGAUUGCUGUGCAAAGUAGUAAUACGUGUAUCUUUACCUAUACCAUUAGAUUUACCAUACCAAAAUGGUGCAACGGAUUAUUUUAAGUCACAGGAGAUCAUCUUCUUUUCUCUUCAGUCUUACGAGAUAAUCGAAUUUUAUACGCAACGAAUUGAAUUCAUUUUUUCUUUCUAAAUUUAUGGCUGUAUUGAUUAAUCAAUUUUUUUAAAAUAUGUUUGUCAGUUGUAAGUAGUUAUUAAAUAAUUUUAUUUCAUCUGUU